UCUUGCUCCAUAAUGGCUUGUGUCCAAUCUGGACACAAGUGGGGGCAUUAUGGUAUUUUCACCGUAAAAAGAGAGAGGCCCACUUGGAAAUAACGGACUCCGUUAUUCAUUGCUGGCAAAAAUUUCAGAUUUCAAAAUUUUUGAAUUUGAGGUAUUUAAUACUCACAUUGUCUCUCUCCUCCUUGUUAUUCUCUCUCCUCCUUCAAAGCAGUCCUUCUUCCUCGUGCUCCUCCUGCAGUGAAGACGAGCAAGAAAUUCAGAUUUCGGGAAUUUUGGGCAAAAAAUUCACACCUCCAUUUUCAAGACGAGCUAAAAAAUUCACACCUCCAUUUUCAAGACGAGCUAGGAUUGUUCGUUAAUUUGGUGAAUUCGUGAAAAGCAAUUGCGCUGGAGGAAGAAUUAUUUGUCAUCAAGAGGAAAAUGGGUAAACGUAAUGCUCCACUUCCAAAGGAGAAAAAAACAGAGGAAGACGUUGUUAAGAGAAAGGGCGUGUCUACAAGGGCAGGAGCACGAACGAGAACAACUGCAUGUGGACUAAAGGCAGUGGAAGGUUCUUCCAGUGGAAAGAAGAGAAAAGUCUAUGAUGCGGAGAUUAGUGGAGAGGAGGAGCCACGUACAGAGAGCAACGAUGACGAGGACGUCGUUAGUAUUCAUAACUUAACCACUACUAUUAGACCGAUGGUUUGUUGAAUUGUUAACUACCUAUUUCAUGGAUAUCUAUUUUGUGAUUGAAAAUUAAUCAGAACAAAUGUUUAUGAUCAAUUCUUACAUGGUUUUGAUUUAGUGGGCAUUGUUGUAUGCAUCUUAGUUGAGUGUAGGUGCUCAGGUGAAGAAAUCGGAGACUGUUGUGUCCACCAGGCUGAGGAAAGGCAUGCAUGAGAAUGAUAGGAUUGAGGUGUUUUCAAAGUUGGUGUCACUAUUGGAUGACAGUCGAAGGGAUUUAGUUAGAAAAUGGGGUUUGGAGCCCUCCUCACCGUGAAACUGCGCAACCUGUCCCCAGAAUUUGCCUACUGGUUAGUGACCAGGGUAGAUGGUGCUAAUGGGGUGUUUUAUGGUGGGGGCGAUAUGGAAUUCAGCCUGGAUCCCAUCCAAUUUAACUGUGUUUUGGGGCUGCCUAUGGGUACUCAGCCUGUACCAUCUCUUAAUGGAAACCUAGACACACGCCAUAGGAAUAUAGCAGACCAUAUUGUUCAGAUGUUUGGGGAUAGUGGUGGGGUUUCUGUUCAGAAAGCUUGGGAAUUUGCAGUUGGGAUGAGGGAUGGACAGGGUAAGGCGGUGGCUACUAUUGUCCCAAUUGUAACAAGAGAGGAGGAAUUUGAAUUUAGAAUAGCCUUUAUGAUUGUUAUACUGGAGCUGGUGUUGUGCCCAAGCACAGACGGGUUUACCUUGGCGGGAAGGUUGUUACCUGCCGCAUCGGUAGCACCGGAGUCAAAUUCAUAUGAUUGGUGCACGUUCUGUUUAGAGUGGCUAAAGAUAUGGUGCAAAAUGUUUGCACAUCAGUUUGAUCAGCAUGGAGUUGUUUCUGGAUUGGGGGGCUGCAGCCUAUUUUUGACGGUGUUCUACCUGGACCACCUGAAUGUUGUUCCUAGGCAAUGGUGUGUUAUGCCGAGGGUGGCUGUGUGGUCCCAAUCUGAUGUGGAUGCCCUGAUAGAGGCAGACAAGAAAGCUGGAGGUGACUAUGGAAGAACUCAGAUGAGAUGGAAUACCAAAAAUUUCUGUUGUGUUAGUAGUGAUUCAGCAGUAUAA